AUGAGUUAUCACGAUCGUCGCGAUAGCGAUCCUAUCAAGCCGAGUAUCCAUGAGAUGGAAGCAUCGAGAUCAUGGCAACAGGUCCCCCAAAACGAAGAAGACAUCACAUCUUACAACCCAUACACUUCUCAAACACAAGACUUGGGCUAUUCGGCGUCAGCCUCAGUGGAGACCGAAAAUUCCAAAGACAAUGAGGGCCAGAUGCCUCUGCGACAGGCUAUCAAGCUGUACCCAAAGGUUGCAGGUUAUUGUUUGGCCAUGAGCAUUCCCAUUGUUGGAUGGGGCUACGAUCUUGUCAUUGUCGGUGCGGUCGUCGGCACAGAUAGCUUCCUGAAAGACUAUGGAGAAAUGAUUCAUGGCAAGAUGGACACUCCUGGUAACUGGCUCUCUCUAUGGUUAGGCCUUCCACCUGCUGGUGCAGCAAUCGGAUCACUACUUGGAGGCUGGCUUCAAAACAAAAUUGGACGAAAGUUUACACUCAUGAUGGGUACUCUUGUCUCAGCUGUCGCCAUUGCCUGCAUGUUCUUCUCCCACAUCCCCGAGCCUCUGGACACAAAGCGUAUGCUUCUUACUGCUGGUUUGACUAUCCAAGGAUUUACUGUCGGUAUCAUCAGGGGAGUCUGUGUCACUUGGGUCUCAGAAAACACACCGACAGCUCUACGUGGAUCGGCCAUGGCCUUGUUCCCUGUCUUCACUUUACUCGGUCAACUCAUCGGUCUACUCGUCACACUUGCUAUCAACGGUAUUGAAGGAAAUUCUGGCUACCUUGGAGCUUUUGGAUCGCAAUGGAUACUCGCCGUCGGGCCACUUAUUCUCUCUAUCCUCAUGCCUGAGAGUCCAGCACACCUGAUCAGAACAGGACAAGAAGAGCGCGCUAUCAAAUCAGCAACUCGGCUCUACGCACCCAAGAUCAACCCUUUCAGUCAACUCGAACGAAUCCGUGCUACGAUUGAGGAGGAGAAGGCUAACACUGCAUCUGCGACAUACUGGUCCUGUCUUCGGGGAACAAACCUCCGAAGAACUCUGAUCGUAGGCCUAGCUUCCAUCUUUCCCCCACUUUUUGGUAUGGAGCUCCUUUCCAACGCAAACCUCUUCCUUCGAAGUAUGGGCAUGGAGAGUACCCCUUCAUUGGUGUUUAUGGCUGCUGGUGUAGUCGCAGGAAUGUUUGGCAAUGCCAUCGGUUUCUGGCUUCUCUCGCGCACUGGCCGUCGCAAUAUGAUCAUUCCAUCCAUGGGUGUAGCCGCUAUUCUCUGGGGAGCUAUGGGUAUCACUGGUUUUUGGUCCAGCGAGGCCCUCACUUGGGUUGCUGGCGGUAUCAUGAUGUCUGUCAUCAUCGUUUGCGGUCUGGGAGCCUGGCCUGCCGGUUAUGCUAUCGUGGGAGAAACAAGUUCGCUUCAACUCCGAUCACUUACUCAAGGAUUGGCCAGUAUAGCUGAGAAGGGGUUUUCUAUCACGUUGGCUAUCGUGUUACCCAUGCUGUUUAGUCGAGACAAGGCAGCCCUCGGAGCAAAGACUGCUUUUGUCUUCUGUGGAACUUCAGUCAUUGGGGCUGUUCUGACAUGGCUGUUUGUUCCUGAGAUGAAGGGACGAAGCGCGAUUGAGAUUGAUCAGAUGUUUGAGAUGAGGCUGCCUGCGAGGCAGUUUAAGGGUCUGAAGCUGCAGGCUCAUCAAGUUCAGGAAUCAGCACCACUAGCAAUGCAACAACAAUAUGCUUAA